AUGAAUUUGCAGAAGGUCGACAACAACCGUUUCGCGUGGUCCACUCUGCUCGACGAAGCCGUCAACGCCUAUCUGGCGGGCCACCUCAUCGCCAACUCGAAAGUGGAGAUCACGCGAUUCGCGGCGUUCGUCGCACGGACAAUGCAGGGCCACGACUUCAAACCGACGUGAGCCCCCCUUCCCAUUCUCAUUCCAUUUUGUGUGCGAACAAAACAAAACAUGUUCAUUUUUGGGCCGAGCCGCCGCACUAAUUGGAAUUUUGAAUGAGAAGACACAAGAGACUUUUUUCUUUUCGUGUUGCGCGAAGGAUAUGUGUGCCCAUGUCCAGAAUUCGAUUACACGCCCGCCUCUGAUGACUUUUUUCCUUUUGCACCGUGUGAGGAACUUUCAUGGUGGGUGGGGGGUGAGGAAGUGAGAGAAGAAGAGUGGGGGAAGAGGGAAAAAGGAAAAGGAAACGUUAAGUUAAUUAAAAUGGUAAUAUUAAAUUGGUGCGAAUAGGGACGACCGGGACGGCCGGGAGUGAGCUUCCUAUGAAAAGAAUUCAUAAGAAGAGCCGAAGCACUUGACCAAUUUUUGAUGAGUUUCUGACUGCACCAGUUCGCGGAGAGGAAUUGAGGAUUGUGGGAAACUUUGGAGCCAUCAGACGAAUACAGUAGACAGCAGUGACAUUUAAGGAGAAUGUCGCAAAAGUCCGAAUCGAGGAGACGUACUUUCGGGCUCAAAAGUACUCGGGAACCCUCUCGGGGGAGGAACGUGAAACCUUUAAAACCGGGGCGCUUAGUGCAGGAAGCCGUGCACAAUACGGCUGUCUAAUGAGGGGUUUCAAAGGCCUCCCAGUGCGCGCGGGAUUCUGAUAAGUUGUUUAUGGAAAGUGUUUCGAAUUGAAAAUGGCACCUGGUGGAAUUGGGAAAGAGGAAGAGAGAGAGAAAGAGAGAGAGAGAAAAGGAAAGAGCACGGCAAUUAGUUAUGGAAGUGCUUCGGACCAAACAAGACAAAACGAGCAAGCGGAGGAGAGGGCCUGAAGGGGCUCAUUUCGAGAUGGGCUCAUUUUGGAGCACACGUUUGUCGCCGUCUCGUUUGUUGCCUUCUUUCUCUUUCCGCCCCGUCUUUUUUUGUGCCGAAACCCGAAACGAUUAGACGAGAAGAGAGGUGCUUUAGACGGGCGAAAACGGACCUCCGGAGCAGGGGAGUUUGAGCACGAGGCAAUGUUGCAAUGAGCACACAAACGAGCCAGGAAAAGUGUACUUCUGAGGGGGGACUGGAACGCGCGAAAGGAGGGAGGUAAAGGGAGGCCCCGCCCACCGAACCCGGAUGGUGACAGGUGCCGGAACGGAGAAGAAGAAGAAGAAGAAGAAGAAGAAGAAGUGUCGGGAAAGGAUCGCAGCUGGGCCAAGUGCCGGGUGAUGACAAUCUGGAAGGGGAACGAACAUGAUGAUGGCGGAGAAAGAAAGGGAGACGGCCGUUGGAAUGUGCGUCUCGAAAGAGUGUAAUGACAUGACAAGUGUCCGAUCAGCUGAGGCGACCAAUGGGCACGGAGAGCAGGCAAUCAAGGUGAGGGACUGUUGACAGUAAGUGCCAAGUGGAUUAGCCCUUUAAUGCCUCCUUCUGUUUACAGUAAUCCGAUCAUUCCGGCCGCUUCUCCUUCUUCUUCUUCUUCUUUCGUUUCCUUCAAAAAAUAGAAGAGGAAGAAGAAGAGAAGGCGGUGAGUAUCUGUUUUGCAAUAUAUUUGGAUGGGACUCUCAAGAUGGUCCGUCCUACUUUAAAAUUGAAAAAUAAAUGGGGAAAAUGUGUACACAUAAAGGGUUCCCGGGAUGUUUACUCGCACACUUCGAAACUUCUAAUUCGCACCGUUUUUGAGGGAAAAAGGGAGGGAAGAGCUGAACAUCGAAACGGCGAGAAAGGGAAAGGAAGAGCGGAACAGUGAGGGGGGCAGGUGUGCUCUCACACACUUGCAUUUGCAUAAUUAUGGAGAGAUGGGACCAUAUUAUCGAGAGGCACGAGAGGUCUCGAAUGACAGCAGAACGCGGGAGGAGCUGUUUUUGGGGCCGACGGUGAUUGAUUGAUGGGGCCAAAGGUGAUUCGGACUGAAUUAUUCAUGAAAGUGAACAAGAAAAGACUGUUGCGAACGGGGUCACGGCCCAAUUUUGGGAUUAGGAUUUGAAAUGAGAACGGGCUCACAACGACCUGAGCACUUGUCAAAGAGAGGCAGAAGAGAAGCGCAGACCCUUCUCUAUUCUCGGAAUGCCAUAACUUUUGAUGGGAAAGAAAGACAAAAAGUUGGAGUCUUCCGGAAGGGCGCGAUGACAAAUGAGCGCGAGCAGUGAAAAGCAAUCAACAGCAUGAAAAAUAGGCUGCUCGGCUCGGCUCGCCCGGUUCUCAUGACAAUGGAAACAAGAAGCAACAAGCACUUUCAUUGCGGAUUAGGCUCCUUCCGAAAGAGGUCGAAAUUGAAAUGGGUGGCCGGCAAAACAAGGAUCGCUUGUUUUGUGGGCAAAGGCGGUGCGAUCCCAGAAAGAAAACUCGGUUAUGAACUCGCAAAACGAGGGAAGAAGAAGAAGAAGAAGAAGCUCGGCCGCAAAUUGGUCGGUUCCUUGGGACCCACGUAUGUUUCACGCUUCAUUUGAUAUUCUUUGGAAAAGGGCAUCCGCCCCUGAAAUGGAAUGGACGGGGAUUGCAUAAAUGUUGCAUAAUAAAAACAAUAUUACACAUGUCUGUGUGUGUGUAUGUGUUGUCUUGUGGAGCAGAAGAGCAUACGGAUAAGCACAUGGGAACCAACCGCUUAGGGGAGGUCCCAGGCGAAGUGACGUGGCACGUCAAGAUGAAUCUUCCCUUUUCAAUUCCCCCCGAGUGAGGGGAUGGAUGAUUGCUGAAAUAGGAAAAGAGGAGAAUGAAAUGAAAUUUUUGGAAAAAAAAGAAAGAGGAAAGGGCGCAAGAACAACAACAUGACUAUACAUCAAUUCGGCGAAAUGGGUCGGCUCUUCCUAUCUAUUUCGUCCGUCGAUUUCACACCCUCCGCUCGCGCCGCCUCCCCUUCUCAUCUCUUUUUUCGGCCGACGGGCGGGUGUGUACAUCCUCUUUCGGCGAGAGCUCAGCCAACUUAUUGACAAUGGGAUUAUCCAUUAUGAAGUGCGCUCGUUUAUGUAAAUCGCCGGCUCUCGUUCUAACUUGUGAGCGAGCGCCUUCUCUUUUUUUUCGGAAGAUUUUCGCGGAAACGAGUAAAUAGACUGAGAAAUUAGAAUCUAUUGAGAGCUUGCAGAUCCAAAAACCUUGCCAACGUCUUUCCGCAAUACAUGCUCGACAACCACGACCGAUCGAAACUGGCGGACCGACUGAAGACGCAAAUGAAGAAGAACGAGGUAGCCCAUCCCAGAUAUUAGGCUUUCCAUGCUCAUUUCCGACUUCCAGAGCCAGAAUGUCAUGCAGCUGGAGGCCGAGUUCAUGUCGAUGGCUCGCGGGCUCGUCACCUACGGAGCCUCCUUUUUCGACGUCGACGUUUUCACGAAAAAGGUGAGCGCGGAACGGAAAGCGACGUGGCCUUGGAGGCGAGAAGCAUUCAUUUGAAUGACCUCCUGGAACAGAUCAUUGGCAUGGGAAAUUCGGAAAUGUGUGCAGACGGGAACGGCCUAUUAUUAUGGGGAAAAAAGUGGGCGGGGCGGGGCGGCGGCGUCGCUGUUUUCUGUGAAUGUACGAUUGAAGCGAGAAAUUGUGGUCGAGUACAAACGGCAGAAUAUCGAGGGAUUGUGAGUGUGACCAAUGGAUUCCGUACUCGCAAAGGGUUCCGGCGAGAAGAACUCGAAACUUCUAUGAAAGUGUGGGAUAAUGCUCUUAAGACGUGCGGAUUCUGAAGUGCUCGUCGGCCAUUGACACCCUUUGGAAAGUGCGGGAAAGCGAGAAAAGUGUGGCGGCGAGAAAUCAGGAAAUGUGAAUGGACAGAAAGGGAGCACCACCUGGAACCCGGGGGGCAUGCAUUGCGAAGUGACAGACGGAAGAGGGUCAAGAGGGAAAGUGGAGGGGCGGCUGAAAGUGCACAAUUACAGCCAAUUACUUGCAGGGAACGGGAACGGGACAAGGGCUUGUGGGCGUCAAUGACCACGGACUGCACAUUAUAUUCAAGAAGGAGUGGACGGUCAAGAACUUCCGAUUCGACGAAUUCGCCGCCAUUCCGAGGGACAGCAAGACCCUCGAGGUUCGUUCGAAUCCGCGUUUCCCCGCAAUACUUCCCUCUCUUUUUCCAGAUCGAUGCCCAGAGAGUCCGUGAUUCUGUAUACAUUCUCGUGUCGACUCAAAUGAAAUUUCUCAGCGGAAUUCUUCAAAAGUUCCAAAAAGGAUGA